AUGAAUAUUUGUGGCAGAAAAAGGAAGAAGACGGAGACUGGUGACGGAAAAAGAGAGAAGAUGCAGACAGAUUUCUCUCCUUCUCCUUCUGUACACGUGAACGAGGAUUUGAUUAAAGAAAUUUUGUUGAACCUACCAACGAAAGCCGUGUUACGUUUCAAAGCCUUAUCCAAGUCAUGGUUCUCACUAAUCUCCGAUUCUGAAUUUGCAAGAAGACAUUUUGACGCUGCAGUUUCACCCACCCACAAGCUUCUAAAUUUCGUUAACGAUUCAAAAGCUUACUGUGUAGACAUAAAAUCAGCACUUUGUAAUGAUUCCUGGCAUGCAGUGUCUAAUUUUAUUGUUCCUUCAAGCUUUGACCUGUGGGGAAGCGGCUUAAGCGUGGCAGGUUCUUGUAGGGGAUUUCUUCUCUUGCAAUAUUAUUUCCAUGAUUUAGUGAUGUGGAAUCCGUCAACUGGUAGACAGAAAGAAAUUCACUGUGACAGUUCGUGGCCACAUGAUCUAUCUGGAAUGGGUUAUGACCCAGUGGAUGAUGACAUUGUGGUGGUGACUGUAACCCUAAGAAUUAACGAUGAUAAUGAUUCGAAGGUCAGUUAUUUCUCUUUGAGAACAAAUUGUUGGACUUCUGUUGAGUAUGUUCUUCCGUAUGCUUACAGUAAGUUUCAACUCGAACUCAGACAUGGACAGUUCUGGAAUGGCGCUCUUUAUUGGAUUCUUAAGUCUUCUGAUAAGCUUAGAAGUGUAGUUAUUGCAUUUGAUGUGAGGGAAAAGAGAUUAUCAGAGGUUCCAUUGCCGAAUCAUUUAGCCAUUCUUCCAUUGCAAUCUGACAUAUACCAUUUGAAGGUAAUGGGAGAACAUUUGUUUUUGUGUUUGGUGCGUAACGAAGUUGCACUGAUUGAAAUGUGGUCGAUGAAAGAACAACACAAAGAAGUGACAUUUUGGAUCAAAACAUUUGUUUUCUCUUCUUAUUUAGUAGGUUUUAUGAGUCUUAUUUUCCCCAUAUGCUUCACAGAAAAUGGGGAAAUUUUGGCAUUCAAUAGCCACGACACGUUACUGAAAAUCAACAAGAAAGGCAACCUAGUUAGAUAUGGGAAGAAACAUAGCCUACUUGAUUUCUUAAGUUGUGGUAUGUAUAGAGAGAGUUUUCUAUCACUCCCUGGUGAGUCAGGAGAAAUUAAGUGA